CGACGUCGUUCUUACGACGAGAGUGCACCGCAUUGUGCGCCCACGAAGACAGUGGUGACAGUCCGGAGAGCGCAAGCUGGCUUCGCUAGGCGGUCGCGCUUGACUGCGGCAUCCAUGGGCGAUGCAAAGUGCAUAGCGAUGCGUGCUGCGCACCAUAUUCAGUCACCUCUUUGACCAUACAGAGAUGGAUAUAACGUGCACAGUGUCGAAGGUAGAACAGCAAGACGGCCCUUGUCAACGGAAUGGCUACUCAGGAACGACCCUCUAGUCCCGAACCUGUCGUCAUUGCUCCGACUGCAGAGCAUACAGCCACCGUAAUUUUCGUACAUGGUCUAGGACAGCUCAACAGUAGUUGGGUUCCAACCCUUCGCCGGGUCGCUGAGCGAUUGUCCGGCGUGAAAUGGGUCCUACCUCAGGCUCCGGACGCACCUGUAACGUUCAGUCAGGAACGGCGCAGCCCCAGCUGGUUCAACAUCGUCAGUCUUCCUCCCUGUAAUGGCUACGACGAAGCCGGCGUUUCGGCUUCGGUUGCCAGGUUGGAGAACUUGAUUAUCUCCGAAGUCCGUCAAGGUACCCCAUCAACUAAGAUUGUACUAGUCGGCUUCAGUCAGGGAGCCUCGCUGUCGCUCAUGACUGCGUUGACGACGCUGCACGAACUAGGCGGCGUCGCAAGUUUGUCGGGUUGGAUCCCCCAGCAGUCCAGGCAGGCUAUGCAACAGAUCGAACCCAGUCUCCCCGUCUUUUGGGCUCACGGCACUGUGGACGACGAAGUGCCGUUAUCAUAUGGCGAGGAAUGUGUAUCUUUCCUCCGCAACACUCUUCGCAUGCCAUCGGAUAAUAUUAGUUUCAAAACAUACGAGGGACUCGGGCACGAUGUCAAUGAGACAGCAUUAAACGACCUCGCUGCAUGGCUUUCAACUGUACUGUCGUCAUGAGCACUCUCUUAUAGGACGUAACACCCGCUUUGUGUCCUGAUGAAUGUGCUUACUUCCCUGGUUUCCAUGGUAUGCAGUAACGAUAGGAUUUCUUGAAAUGCUGUAAUGAGUAUGGC